CAUCACAAAACAAUCAGCUUCACACUUAAUGACAAAAACCGAACGCCAAGGUCGGUGAGACGUGAUCAGUUCACAAUAAAACUUAUGUUAAGCCACUCGUGUGACUAUGGUUCCCCUCACGUCUCUAUUUCUCUUAAGCAUAGUGAUAGUGUCCUGUAGAGGAAAUCCCGAGGGAUUCCUGCCGUCCUUAGCUCAAACAACGAGAGAAAUCACAGGUGCUGUGGUCACCCAGCCCUUGUUCCAAGCCGCGGCACAAGGCGCCGGGGAACUCAUAGCCAGAACGGUAUACGACGCCGCCCGACUUCCUGCGGCCAUCGCUCGAGUCCUUGGCGUCUCCGACACCCGCCCAGUCCUCAUCAACAAAAAUAACAUUGCAGACAAGGCCGACAAGAUUCUCGCCAAAUAUCAUGCCGGUUUGGGCAAUGAAGACGCUUUCCUCAAGAUCGACAAACUCAUCAAGAAGUAUGGAUAUCCAGUUGAAAAACACGAAAUCGUGACCGAAGAUGGAUACGCGUUGGGGAUGUUCAGAAUCCCCCGGAAUGGAUCUGCCGUGUUCCUGAUGCAUGGGCUGUUUGGGAGCGCUGAUGACUUCGUGAUCGCUGGCCCGGAGAGCGGCAUGGCCUACCUCCUCGCUGAAGAAGGUUACGACGUGUGGUUGGGUAACGCUAGAGGAAACAAACAUUCACGACGACAUGUCGAAUUACAACCCUCUGAUGCCGAGUUCUGGGAUUUUUCCUGGCAUGAAAUUGGGUACUACGACCUCCCAGCUAUGAUUGAUUACGUGCUCAAUUACACCAGCCAAAAAUCACUCAAAUACGUGGGCCACUCGCAAGGCACUACCAGCUUCUUCGUCAUGAGCUCUGAAAGGCCAGAGUAUAAUGACAAAGUGGGAUUAAUGGUUGCUUUGUCGCCUGUGGCGUACAUGUCCCAUGCCAAAUCUCCUUUCAUUCGGCUGGCGGGGCCCGCGAGUGAAUAUAUUGGCUCGAUCAUGCAUGGUCUCGGAGUGCAUGAGUUUCUUCCAGAUAAUAAUUUAUUACGUACCAUCAAAAUGCUUAUGUGCGGCAGCAGCCCUGUGGCGGAGAUAAUAUGCAUCAAUCCUUUGUUACUGACUAGUGGCUUCGGCUUUGCAGAGCUGAAUGUGACAAACUUGCCUGUUAUCCACGGGCACACGCCGUCCGGAGCGGCUGUGAAGCAGGUCGUGCACUACGGCCAAGGGUUCAACUCUGGAGAUUUUAAACAGUUUGACUAUGGUAGGUCGAGAAAUCUGAGAAUGUAUGGCAGCGAGGUGCCUCCUAGAUAUGCUUUGGAAAAAAUCAGGGCCCCCGUUUCCUUGAUGUACAGUGCUGAUGACUGGAUGGCCCAUCCUGACGAUGUGGACGCUCUGUAUCAAAGGCUGGGUAACGCUAUAGACAUCCAUAAGAUUCCACAUCCACAGUUCAACCAUAUAGACUUCAUUUGGGCAAAACAUUUCAGGACACUUAUUUACGAAAGGCUCAGGAAAUUGUUGGCAGCAUUUUGAUAUUACCUAACCGAGGUAAAUUAAAUGAUGUUGAAACAAUAUCGUGUUAUGUGGUAUCAAUUUAACCUAACUAAUCACCAUUACGAAAUAUUCAUGGAAAACUUUGUCAUAUUCUACUAAGGAAUUAUUAAGUGCCGUGUGGUUCCCGACUUUGACUUGCAUGUCUGGUAGUAUAAAGUUCGUUUGGUAGCGAAGAAAAAAAAUGAGUGUACCUAUACAAAAAAAUGGGUCAGGUCAAAAGUACCCGAAACCGCCGAGCUUGCAUGAAGAGAGUUAUGAAUGUGGAUGAAGCGAAGGAAGUAUGCAGAGAUCGUGGCAAGUGGAAAGAGGUAGUCUCUGCCUACCCCUCCGGGAAAGAGGCGUGAUUUUAGGUAUACAUAC